AUGUCGACUCAAGAGGCCAAAGAAGAGCAUAUGCCAGCGAAUGCCAGCGAUGCGAAUUCACCAAAGAGCACCAUACCCCAAGAGCUUUUGGACGAAACCGGGGGAGGGCAAACAGAAGAUGAUGGCGACGUUGCGAGCGAGCGAAGCGGUCCUGGUCGUUCUCUAAAACAAGCCAGCAUUUUAUACUCGGUUCAAGUCUUUGAGAACGCCAGUGACUUGCCUAUAACAUUUAAAAGCGAUCGCCCACCCCCGUUUGAAGCCAAACGACGAGCGAAUAUAGGGAACGAGGAGGGCGAAGAGCAGACCGUGUUCGAGGUCGUCACAGACGUGGUGGGAGGGGGAAACAAGUCGCGCAUGGAAGCCUUCUCUCAAUGGGAGUUGGGAGAAGACGUUGGGAAACUCGAAGUGAAGGAGAUUCUCAAGACUAGAAUUGAGAUCUACUCUCAAGUCUUACUAGAGGCCAUUCGGAGCGUUGUUUCCUACUACCCGGGACAGAAUCUGGCUGGCGAUGUUGUUACAAUUCACCAGCCAUACCCUGUGCUGAUUCAUCAUCGCCAUGAACUGCGGGCUCUCCAAGCAGCAGAAGAGUCACCGGAGGAUGUAAGGUCCAAGCAUAUCCGGCUUCUUUUCGAAUUCCUAGACCCUUUCAUCGACCGAGUCAUAGCACCGGAAGAACGACGAUACAAGAAGCCGACCCCUGCCGCCACAUUCGACAAUCUCUGGCUCUUGUUCAAGCCAGGCACAUUCGUCUACGAAACCUACAAAAGCAAGCCGAUCGUACAUUGCGUUAUAUCAAUGCAAGAGAUAACAAUGGAGGAUGGGGACAACAAAGGAAGGCCUGCCUGGGAGUUAUAUGCUUGGAAUAUAGUGGCAACCCAAGAUAAAGUGGGCAGAAACGGCGGAUACAGCAAUAUCCAGCGCUUUGAGGGCGAAAAGGCAAUCACUUCGCUGGCCUCCGUGCCACUCGAAUACAUGAGCGCAAUCGAUGGCUAUGUCCCCAAUCUCUCCUUGAGUCCUGUUCCCCCAAGGCCCGGAGAUCAAGCUCGAUUUGAGCGCGAUAAAUACUACAGAGGUCUGGUGAUUAUUGAUCCGGCUUCCGCGCUGACAUUGGGCAAAGUGGGUGACGUGUACGGUUGGUACUUUGAUGGCGAGUGCAAGGAUCAGAAUUUUAUCGGAGAGAAUCCAUCUGCAGAGUCAGGAACAGUAUCUCAAUGGGAGAGCUUUGACAACAUUGCCCCCGAUCAAUUCGAAAACCUCACUGAUGAUCAUUAUGUGUUGGCAAGCCCCGUUAUGGCGGCUUUCGGACUGAAAGAUAAAACAUGGGGUGUGUUUGAAGUUGAGUGCUUCCGGGAGAUUCAGCGGGAGGAGUUGCAGAAGCCUAUCCUUCCACAGGGCGACAUUGAAGUGAUCGAGGCCCUUGCUUAUCGCCAAGAGAACAUGCAAAAAGCGUGGAGACCUGACUUUAUCCAAGACAAGGGCGAAGGUCAGAUAAUCCUGCUACAUGGGCCUCCGGGAGUAGGGAAAACUUAUACCGUCGAAUGGAUUGCAAUGACCACUAGCCGACCUUUGCUCUCGCUUACCAUUGCGGACAUUGGGACGGAGGAGCACAGUAUCGAAGGAGAGCUGAUGAAAUGGUUCUAUUUUGCCGAAACAUGGAACGCUAUUCUUCUGAUAGAUGAAGCGGAUAUUUUCCUAGAACGAAGAAGCAAUUAUGAUCUGGCACGGAAUGGCAUAGUUUCGGUGUUCCUGCGACAGAUGGAAUAUUUUCGUGGAAUUCUUUUCCUCACUACCAACCGGGUGGGACAUAUCGAUGAUGCGUUUCUCUCCCGGGUCCACGUUGUUCUGGAAUACAAGAGCUUGGAUGGAGAUAUGAGCAAUCGUAUCUGGGAGGCAUUCUUUGCCAAGCUCCAACGCGACAUGAAAGGCAAGUUUAUUAUUCAUUCCCAGGCGAAGCGAUUUAUCCUCCAGCGAAAGGAAGGAAGUGAGGUGCAAUGGAGUGGUCGCGAAAUUCGAAACACAUUACAGACGGCGGUCGCCCUUGCAGAGUACGAAGCCAGCAAGGAGGAGGGACACUCCGACGACGAUCCAGUGAUUGUGGUGACGGAGCAUUUCAAGCAAGUGAUGCAGAUGAGCCGCGCAUUCCGCAACUACAUGACCAGUGUCCACGCCGGCACGGAAUUGAAACGCGCGCAGUUGAACCGGGAUCGUAACGAUAGCUUUCAGGAUCGUUCAUAA